GUUGCAUGGGGUAGCGCCGGGAGCGGCGGCAAGGAAGGCGCCGAAGCCAUCUCAGCACCUUUCCCCUGUGAAGACCUGGGAGUGCAAAUCGUCCUUCUGCGGGGACCUCCCCACCGCCACCGCCAGCUCUAGCCUCCGCUCGCCACUGCUUCCCUGCAAGCGUGAAGCCUCCAUCCUCUCCGGCUAUCGUGGCAGCCCUUCUGCUUUCCUGAGUAAAAUCCCAGAUCUGAGCAGCGAGGGUUGGACGAGCAGCCAGAAGAAUCGCCCAGGCGUUUAUGAGAAGUUGGGGACACCCCAAGGACUCUAGACUGGUGGAGAGAUGGCUAACCCUGUGCCGUCAGCCUGCUGCGUGGUGCUCGCCGCGGUGGUGGUGGUGUACGCCCAGAGGCACAGCCAGCUGGAGACCCACACCCAGUACGAGCGGGUAGGUGCAGAUGUGACCAUGAAGUGUGGCUCCAUGGACUGGGAUGCAGCCGUGACCUGGACAGCCAACGGCACCGACAUUGACGAGUCCCACCUGAACGGCUCCUACCUGAUCCUCAAGAACGUUGACCUGUCCCAGAGCGGCCAGUACUCCUGCUACGAGGGCUCCUCCUGGCACCUCAAAUACCAGACCAACCUGAGGGUGGGAACCCCCCCGAAGGAGCCAGUGCUGAUGUGCCGGUCCAACAACUACCCGAAGGGUUUCUAUUGCAGCUGGCACCUGCCCACUCCCACCUACAUCCCCAACUCCUUCAACAUCUCUGUCAUACAUGGCACAAAAGACAUGGUGUGUGAGAAGGAUGCUGUUCCCAAAAACAGGUGUCACAUCAGAUACCUCCAGCUCUUCUCGACAGUGAAGUACAAGGUGACUCUGACAGUCACGAAUCCUCUGGGCAAAAACUUCACCACGCUCACCUUUGACGAGUUCGCCAUAGUAAAGCCAGACCCUCCGGAGAGUGUGGUGGCCAAACCUGUGCCCAAUAACCCUCGAAGGCUGGAGGUGUCAUGGCAAAACCCCUCAUCGUGGCCUGACCCUGAGUCCUUCCCACUGAAGUUCUUCCUGCGGUAUCGGCCCCUCAUCCUGGACCAGUGGCAACAUGUCGAGCUGUCGGAUGGGACAUCGCACACCAUCACGGACGCUUACGCUGGCAAGGAAUACAUCAUCCAGGUGGCAGCCAAAGACAACGACAUCGGCACGUGGAGUGACUGGAGCGUGGCCGUUCAUGCCACCCCCUGGACAGAGGAGCCCAAGCAUCUCACCACGGAGGCCCAGAUCACAGAGACAACAAGUGCUAGCACCUCCUCUUUCAUGGCACCACCCACAACCAAGAUCUGUGACAAGGGGGCCAUGGUGGGCAGCGGGGCCAUGGCAGUGUGUUGGACAGCUGGACUGGUCGUGGCUGCCUAUAGUGUCCUCUUUAUUUAAUCUCCAUCUGUCCAUCCACCGCCGCCCAGCGCAGCCGCCUCCCCGCCGCCCACCGCCGCCCCCGCCCCGCCGCCCCGCUCCCGGGUUGAGUCUCUUCGCUCUUCGAUUUUGCACACAUUGAGGACGUACCACGCUUCUCGCCGCCACUUCGGAGGAGGACAGAGCUGCCGCCGUCCCCCUGGAGAGCCGCAAAAUCCCUCUCCGGGCCCGCAGCGAGGAGACAGACGCACGUCCGUGCCCCUUUCCUCAGCCGAGGGGAGCGAGCCGAGGGUCCCGCUCAUACAGCUAAACCCCCCCACGCCAAAGACGUGCCCGCCGCCCCCGCGGCCGCGCACCGAGAAAAGGGGAUAUGAAAACGGGGGGGUGGUGAGGGGAA